GAAAUUUUAGAGUCGAUUAGUAAUAUCUUACGAACAGUGUUGUGUCGAAAUUUAAAGGUAAUUAUUACAUAUAGAAAUCUUAACGUUCAAAGAUAACAUUAAUAUUAGAUAAAUUUUGUAAAUGGCUUAUCAAACCUCAAAGGUAGAUGAUAUGAAAAACGAAGACUCGGGUUUCGUAAGUUUAACUUGUGAUUCAAUAGAAAUUGAUAAUACUGAGGGUAAAGAUGCUGCUCCAGAAAGUGUUAAGGAUGAAGAAUUAUUCAAUAAAUGGCGAAAUUUUCUUAAAGAAGCCUUUGUACCAGAUGAAGAUGGAGAUACGUACUUGAUCAUUCAAAUUCGACAAAAAAACAUCCAAGAAGCCAAAAAUUUAAUAAAUCUAAAUUUUCAUUUUGGAAGUAAACAAAAUCUUGAUAUAAGAAACAAGAGAAAAUCUAGUGCAUUACAUUUGGCUUUAAAUCAGCAUGAUAUCCUUCCUGCUUUAAUUUGUGCAGGUGCAGAUUUAUCUGUAAAAGAUAGUAAAGGACAUAAUAUUUUUCAUCUUAUUGCAAUAACCCAAAACACUGAAGCUCUUAGAAUCAUUUUAUUUUUUGGUCAAAAAACAAGUCAAAUUGAAAAAAUUAAAGAGCUAGUUAAUAGUCCUAAUUAUGAAGGAAUACCUGCAUAUUUUUUGGCAAUUCGAUACCAUUACAGAGAGAUGAUUGUCUAUAUGUCAGCUAAUGGUUUUAUUGACAAAAAUGCAAAGGAUGGGAAAAAUGGUAACACUGCGUUACAUGAAGUAAUUGCUUUAUGUAAAAUAAAUGAAAGGAUGCAUGUUAUAAAUAGUUUGGUGAAAAAAUGCAACAUUGAUGUGAACAGUUUAAAUAAUUGUGAUGUUACUCCAUUGCACUUAGCUGCAAGUGCUAAUGAUAAAGAAGCAUGUGCUGUCUUGUUGGCUCUUGGUGCUAAUUGUGUUUUGAAAGAUUUUCAUGAACAAUUCCCUUUUUCAUACGCAACUGAUGAUGAAAUCAAAGAGAAACUUCGUGUUAAUCCGUGUUAAUGAUAAAUUUUUGAUUUUAUCGUGACACCUUGUCAUUUUCUACAGCAUUCUUACAGAAUGUGUAGAAUACUUAUGAAGAUUUGUUUGAAGUUUCUACCGAAGACUUUUAUUUCGGAGUUUGAUUUUCCAAACUUGAAUCGUUUAAGUGUUUCAACGGAACCACCUACUCAUAUACAAGACAUUAAUAGAUUUUCAAACAGUGAUCUCGUUUCAAGCUGUGAUCACGCUAAAACGCGUUUUUUUACACAAAAGUUUUGUAAUUUUAUAGAAAAUAGGUAAAACUAUGUAAACAAACAAUACUGUUUUGUAAUAAGUUGAUUUUUAAACUUUUUUAAAAAUAAGUUAUAAA